CUGUGGUUCAUCAGAGACUUAAUUCUACGGAUCGCUCCACAGGCUUACAGCAAGCCGGAACUAGGGUGCUCGCACCAGCCGCGUACCAGAGUUCAGACACGGCCGCGUUCAUCAAAUCAGCAUUCCUCCCGCAACAUAUACGCAGUCUAUCUGGGACCGACCGCUGACGACACUGCAUGUGUGCAUAUAGGCUCUUCUGUGUUUCAGAGUCUCCUGCAAGCUCAUAUGGUUCAUCGAAGUAGCUGUGACGUUAGAUUCAACGUUUGAGGCGCUCCCACGGCCUUCUCUUUCGUUGCAAGAUCCUUCCUCUCGUAUCGUGCCCGUCGGAUCUCCCUUGCCACUAUGGACUCAACAACUCCCUUGUCCAACCUUCCACCCGAGCUUAUCAUCAGCAUCUUCGAGAUUGCAUCGUGCGAUCAUCAGCAAGCAGCACUGUCUAUCUCUCGUGUGUCCACUUGGGCCCGCAAGAUCGCACUUCCUCACCUAUUCUCCACUGUUAUCUACCGGUCCAGGCCAGCCUUUGCCCAUGGUAUGUCUUCCGGCGCCAGAGAUCCUCGGACCGCGCGACCAUCGCAUUCUCAGUGUUGGGGUCCAUUGGUGCGCAACCUUUGGUUGGAGAGCUCAGGUAUCUCCAAUGCGUCAAACGAAGAGGCGCUUAUCCGCGCCUGCGAGAAUGUGGAGAACCUGGCGCUGAUGUCGCAGUCCCUUCCUGUGCUCGCCGCGUCCAUCCAGGCCGAAAACGCUGCUCGUCGUGGCGCGAACAGCAAGGGUUCGUUAUCCUCGUCAGAUCCCUCUCAUUGCCGCCUGCGGUCAAUCACACUUAUCACACAUACUUUCCGAUUCGUCUGGGACUCCCUCGUUGGCCUGCAAGUACAGGAUGGUUCGCAGCUUUUGAACAACAUCACACAUCUCCACAUCCUCGACCUGACCAUCUCAUCAUUCACGCCGCACAACCUCCUGCCCAACCUCACGCACCUGGCGCUGCCGUACCUGGACCUGGGAAUCGACUUCAAACAGGACGCGCUUCGUUUAUCACCCGGCGCGUUGGGGCAUCGGGCAUUGCAGAUGAUUGUCUUGACGGUGGCUGAGGAAAAGUGGCUCAACAAUCCCUGGUACCACAUCGCAAGGUACCCGGGGCAGACCCCUUCACCUAAGCCUAUGUUCCGGCUCCUUGUCCGAUGGGCUCGGGAGAAGGAUGAGCGUAUACACGUGGUCCUGUCUCCCCAGAUUGGAGACGACCCUUGUAAGGAGUGGGUGAAGGCGGCGCGUGGCGGACAAUCUCUUUGGGAGGUUGCAGCUAAGACUCGAGCAGACGACUCGCACGGCCUAGGCUUGCCAGACGCUUUUCCCAAAAAUAGGUGGCGUUGACGACUAAGAUAUAAGUCAGACUUGGCAUAUAUAUACAGACUAUCGUUGUUCGUUUCUUGCAUUUGUCCUUGAAUGUAUCCAAACCUCCAAGCGACGUCUGAAUUCCUAGCUACAGUGUUCUAUAUCGGCGUUCCGC